AUUAAAUAAAGAAAAGGUGUGUGUAUCACUAGGGAAGACAAGUGGGAGGGGGAGACAGAGAGAAAUUUAGUCAUGGCCAUUAAUACUAAUAGUGGCCUCUCUUCCCUUCCGUCAGCUGCAGCUGUUGAUCACGCUGGUGUAACAGUGAGCUUUCUAGCAUUGCAUCACUCUCUUUCUCCAUGACUCCAAUGCUGUCCUGCAGUACCCUGCAUUAUAGGGAUCUAGUGGCCCAUGUUGCGCACCAUGCACCAGAUUAAUGCCCCAGUAAUGUUAAAACUGAAAAGUGGAUUUACAAAUUAAAAUUUGUUCAUCAGUUUGUUUCAGAAACUGACACUCUGCUUGCCAAUGCUCUUCUGAGGCUAUAUGCAACAUAAUACUGUACAAUGCAUAGUAUCGUAUUGCACUGUUGUGGUGUAAAAUCAGUUUAUUAGAACAGUGAUGCAAGACUAGAGCUGACAAAGUGAGAACAUGUUGCAUGUCAUCUUUAUCCGCUGCUAUUUAAGAGUACGUUCAAUUCAUUAGCAUGCCAAUAACCUGCCACUAGUUAUUCAUACUAUGUGUGAUGUAUGUACAGUGAGACAUUGGUCAUGUUCUCCAUCUAGAGAACGCAGUACAGGGACGAUGUAACUUCCCGAGGAGCUCGUCCACUAGCAUACAUCAGAGACAUUCCACCUCAUCUGACACUCGUCCAUGGAAUUCUGCAAAUUUUCCACACUAUUCUCCCAAGCAUUCUGAAGUGCCUGUCAAAAAGACUGGCAUGCCCAAACACCAGGCACCUGUAAAUCCUCAAAAGAAGAGAAACUGGCUACACUUAAUGGAGAAUGUGUCUAACUUCUUGUUUCAGGUUUAAUGUUUUCAAGAUGUUUUUUAAAGUCUUUUUGUACAUGGAUGCAUGAAUGAAUGAAUUCUGUGCUCCUGUGGUGUUUGGUAUUGACACUGGGUAUGUUUGUGGUUGUGUGUGAAAAUAUCCUUUUGUUUGCACUGCUGAUAGGUGAUAAUUUGUCAUAGAUUUGUGCAGAGUCCCUUUCUCCUCUAUGUUGGUAUGACUAGUGUAUGCAACCUGUAGUUGACACCUAUGUGUCAUUCUGGGAACACACUAAAUACUUCAGAUGACUUGGAGGUUUACUUGGCAACCGAUGGCUGUUUUAAGACCAUGGAUACACUUUCAGCCUGGACUGAGCACAAAGUUUUCAAGUAUCUGCAGGACAUGGAAAGGAAUAAAAAAGUCACUGAAUCACAUGUAUCAUGUGCUCAUUGUCGUGUGGACGCUCAAUGUGGAGCUCAAUGACUUCAUCCAAAUCUAUUUGUGUGACUGGAUGACAUUCUAUUUAACCUUUAUUUUAUACCAGGAUUAAGAUGUUGUGGAGCCAUCAGUAGUCACAGGCUGUUCCCAGCUUUUCUGGAAAACAUUUUUGCCUGUAUUUAUGUUUAUAUGGAAAUUUCUUGAUCCUUGACUUUUACAUGAUUUACACCUACACUUGUCAUAUACUGCCAAUUUUUAGAAUGGUUUGCCAGUUUUAAAUAUCACAGGUAAUAAUGGGUUUACUUGCAUGCAAUCAGUAAUGUCUAGAUGUGAUUUGUGCAGUGGUGGUAGUGGGAGGGUUGGUGGUGAAUUGUGGGGCGGUGGGGGGGCUGGUAAAGGUGGGAGGGGUUGACACAGAGAUGUACAGGACAGGACACCCUCAUGCUUGCUCCAUAAACCUCACCACAUUUUGCUGCCGCAGCUGCUCGUGGCACACACAGGGGAGCAGAGAGGUGCGCUCUUUCCAUGGUGACUAUGUCGCGUCUGGCACGGGCUUUUUCACACUAAUCAGCGAUCGCCGAGGCAGUUUCUCUUCGGCAAAGGGAGAGGGGGAAAAAAAUCAAACGGAAUGUUGUCGCUCUCUCUCUCAGCAAGGUCGGUUUCCAGAGAACAGUGAAGACGCCGCUCAUUUACCAUGAGCUGUUUGGAUGUUAUGUACCCAGCCUAUGGACAUUACGCACCGUACGCACCGACUGCUCCUGCUUUUAUCAAUAGCUUACAGGCUCCCACAGGUCUGAGCAACACUUCUCCUCACUGCCGGGAUUUUAUGGACACUCCCAGGGGUCCCGAGGGGAUGUCUGGGGGCCCAGGCACCGGAGGAUCAACUUCCUCCUCGUCUUCAUCCAGCUCUUCGUCUUCCUCCUACACACCUGCAGCUUCAAGGCCAGAGGAGGGCCCCAAGGAGAAGCAGGAGGCCCCCGAGGCUGAGUACCUCACUUCUCGCUGUGUCCUCUUCACCUACUACCAGGGGGACAUCAGCAGUGUGGUGGACGAACACUUCUCCCGGGCCCUCAGCUCCUACAUGGAUGGAGAGGGCAAACGGAGGGCGCCAGACCAACAGGGCACAGAUACCCCUUCGCCUAGCAGCCGACGAAGCUUCCCCCCAUCCUUCUGGGACAGUAACUACUCCUCGCCACAAAGCCGCUCCCACUGUGAGACGGGGGCACCCUCCUAUUCCAUGGACCCAUAUGCGUCAGGGCUGCACCCGGGCCUGGCUCACCCACACCCUCACCCUCACCCGCACGCUCAUCCUCACUCCCACCCUCACCCUCCAGAGAGUUGGGGAUACCCCCAGGCCCAGGCCUACGGCCCUCCGAGGCCUCUCCAUGAACUGUAUUCACCCUCAGCUUUGGAGCCUCACUACGGGCCCCUGCUGAUGCCCACGGUGAGGCCACCUCACCUCCCUGCCUUGCCGAGCCACUAUGAGGUGAGCAAGCUGGAACCCACUGCGUCCUGGCCCAGUCUGCUUCCCCCAGGAGAUGUCAGCCAGACUCUGGCACUCAACAUGGAUGCAGGCCUCCAGCAGCACAAGAAAGGCAAGGAGCUGUACUGGUUCUAACGAGCCCUCCAGUCACAUUGACCAGCCAUUACCAGAUCCAAUUAGUCCCUGGACCUGCUCUGCUAUUGAAGCAGCGUGUCCCUUUAUCCCCCCCCCCCCCCCACAACACUCCCCUCCUACACACACACACACACAGACACACACACACACACACAACAUCCUCAUCCAUCUACCCCCUUCUCUCCACUCCUGGCCUCCCCUGCCAGUAUACAGCCUUGCUCCAGGUCGACGUGUGUGCACCAUGGAGAUAAAGUGGAGAGAGGGAGAGAGAGAAAGAGGGAGAGAGACUGUCCAUAAUCGGGUUCCGGUCGCUCUCUCCUCCGCUCCCUCUCCUGUCGCUGCCGGUGCAGCACAGACCUUGGCAAGGUGUGAGCCACAGUGACCUGUUUGGACUGAGAAAGACAGGAUCACAACAGACUUUUGCAGAGGAUGGAGAGAAAGAGGGAUGAAUGGAGGGACAGAGGGAUAAAUAGCGGCGAGCAGGGAUUCCCUCCAACGUCCCUGGUUAUCUCUGUCUCAUGCUCUUUGCUGGUACAGUGGUUGUCAUCAUCCACUUAUCUGCAUUUCACAAAUGCAACAUACGGCAACAAACAGGAGCAGCAAUUAUGGCGGUUUAUGCUUUGUGACUGUCAUCAUGAUGCCUUUUUUUGGUUAUAUUAUAUAAUUUUGCUCUCUGAAAUAAAGUGUUUCUAUUUAUUGGUGUUUAUGUGCAUUUCUAAAAUGUUUGGUUAGGCCAGUGUUCUGAAAUUAUUGUGAUUCAAUUUAUUGUGUUUUCUAAAGACAGAGGUGAUGGAGAUGACCAUACCAUGUGUUGUUGAUGGAGUUUCUCAUCUAUCUACGGAGGAAUGUUUUGCGGAGAAUAAAGAUCGUUUCUCAGAAAAACAUAUCAGAUAAAUUGGUUCAGGUAAACGACAAGUUGUUUGCACUGAACAGACUCACAGAUUGUGUCCUUUAAAUUUGAUGAUGUUGUUCCAUUUUAGCUCUUUAUUCUUCUGUCAUUCUUAGAUCUUUUGAAUGUGGAAUUUCUAAAUAUUUUUGGGAUGUUUUUUUGUGUGUCAUUUCUCAUUUUUGUGUCCAAGAAGAUUGUGAUGUCAAUAAAUAUUUUUAUGGUA